AUGGUCAAUGUAAAGGUCGGUGGUUUUCCUAAUAUUCACAUCAAUCCGAACGAUGAAAAUCCCAUCGGAGAAGCUAGGACGAGAGUCAGGCGUCGAAUGAAAGGAGGCACGCCUGUAUCUUGGAGAUGGGAGACUCAGCAAGCCCGUCUGAUCAUCGCUUCAGAUACCGACGACUUCGACGAGACAAUCAUUUCUCACUUCCGGCAAGAAGGUUUUCAGAUCAGCUAUCUUGCAUAUGAUGGCAAUCGAGCUGCAUUCACCAACACUUUGCAACACGCCGCCGACAACCUUGAACUUGGAGAGCACUAUGCCAUAGUGGCUUAUGGAGAUGCUGCAACGCUUGCUCUAGAAGUGGCGAUUCGGCCGAUGCCCAAGCUAGCAGCAUUGAUAGCCUACUACCCCCCGUACAUGCCACGGGCAAGCACUGGUUGGCCAAUGACCCUUCCUAUCCAAGUCCAUUUGGCAUCGUCGCAGAAGUUUGGUACUACACUGCCGUCGUUCAAGUAUGAGAAUACGCAAGAUGGUUUCGCAGAACAUGAUCUUGACGAAUACGACAAGGCAGCUGCCACACUGGCUUGGUCACGGUCGCUGACCGUUCUUCGCCGAGCAUUCUCGAUGGACGACCGUUGGGACCUAGAGGCUAUCUGGGACAACCAUACCAAACUUGAGUUCGACACCCGUGACGCCUCUGCAACGAUGAAGACUAUGGUCAAAGAACCGUAUGUCAAUCAUAUCCCUACAAUGACUGGUGGCAUCGGUUCCAAGGAAUUGUUUCGUUUCUAUGAAGAAUUUUUCAUUCCGAACAACCCGGAAUCGAUGAAGCUGAAGCUCUUGUCGAGAACCGUGGGUGUCGACCGCGUCGUUGACGAGAUGUUAGUGUCGUUCCGCCACGAUAGAGAGAUCCCCUGGAUGCUACCAGGGGUUCCCCCAACCAAUAAGAAGGUUGAAGUCAUACUCGUGAGUGUGGUCUGCAUUCGAGGGGGUAAGCUAUAUCACGAGCAUAUUCACUGGGAUCAGGCAACUGUUCUCGUGCAGAUUGGAUUGCUUGACCCGAAGUAUGUUCCCGAUGGCUUCAAGACCGCUGAAGAGGGGAGAGAGAAAGAGGUCAAACGACUACCGGUUUGCGGCAAGGAAGCGGCUCGCAAAGCUCUUGACGAGCACGAUGGUGCUAGCAACGAGCUGAUUCCAGACUGGAAGACAGGUAACGCGAGUUCUGAAUCGACCUGA